AUGUGCUUCUCCUGCUUUACCAGCAAAGGCAAGAAGAGCGCUGACCAGAAUCACCAGCAGUCUCCCGCAAUCCCUUUAACCGACCAAGCCAACAGAUCCACCCGCAGCAAUGCAAGGCCCUCAACUCGCCGGGGAAACCACCAAGCAGCGCAGCCUCCUCACACCAACCGCCAGCCGACCGUGACGGCAAUUCCGCCCGACCUCGAGCAAGAGACCGACCUCGCCAGUUCAAGCGCUUUCGCAGGCACGACUCCGCCACGACCAAUGCGCCACCAGCCUGGUCGAAAGGUCUCACGCAUGGAACCUCCAAGCAUUCAAGAAAGCGCUCCGGGGCCGAAUGUCACCACGUUCCCAGAGAAGGCAGAGGCGCCCAGUCCGCUGCGUGGUGAUUUGCGGACGCUUCCUUCCGUUCGUCGAUCAGAGAACCGCGAGAAGGAAAGGCAAGACGGCCAGCCAGGACAUUCAUCCGCUAACUCUGGACCGCUCGCCUCGAAGAUGUCGUGGAGCACUAGCAGUGGUGAGGGAGGGCCAGCGAGUGCUGCAAGUCCACAAGCAGGAGCAUCGUCGUCCAGUGCGCAGGCAUCGCAGGUCGAACCACUUUCUCACUUCUCGGAUACCAGUAGCAGUGGUGAGGAAGAAGCCGACGCUGCUACAUUGCGGCCAUUGUCUGCCGUUACUCAAGUUGGACCGCGAACCGGACUGGGAGGAUCAGGCUCUUCUUUCAGAAGCAACAGCAGCAGCGACUGA